AUGGAGACGGCCCGGGAAAAUGAACAUGGAUACCGUAUCAAGGAGCAGCUCUUCGGCAUGGAGAAGCCGUUGCGGAUCAUUCAUGUUGGGGCCGGGGCAUCGGGCAUCUGCUUCAGCAAGUUUCUUCAAGAUCGAAUGAGAAAUGUGUCUUUGGUAUGCUACGAUAAAAAUGAGGAUAUUGGAGGAACAUGGCUUGAGAACAGAUAUCCUGGAUGUGCAUGUGACAUUCCAUCCGUCAAUUAUCAGUUUACCUGGGCGCGAAAACCCGACUGGUCCCAUUUCUACUCGUAUUCGGAAGAAAUCUGGCAGUAUUUUAAAGACGUCGUGGAUACAUUCGACCUUAUGAAGUUUUUCAAACUCCGUCACCAGGUUGUUGGGGCAUACUGGGACGACGGAAAAGGGGUAUGGGAUGUCCAUGUGAAAGAUCUGUCCAGUGGGCAGAUUUUCAUUGAUAGUGCGGAAAUCUUUAUUAACGGAGGUGGUAUCCUUAAUGCUUGGAAAUGGCCGAAUAUUCAGGGAAUAUCCGACUUCAAGGGCACACUGUGUCAUACAGCACAUUACGAUCCGAAUACCGAACUGGAUGGAAAGCGUGUUGCUGUGAUUGGAAUCGGAUCUAGCGGUAUCCAGGUCGUCGCUAAUAUUGCAAACAAAGUCUCUAAAUUAUACACCUGGGUUAGAUCGCCUACAUGGAUCACAGCUGGUUUUGCGCAAAAAUAUGCGGGUCCUAAUGAGUACCAGGAUUACUGCAAGGCUAUCGAGAAUGAGCUCAAUCAGCGUUUCAAAUUUAUUCUAAAUGGAACACCGGAAGCCGUUCAAUCAAAACAGUUUGCAGUCGAUCAAAUGAAAGAGAAACUACAAGGCAAAUCCGAGCUGGCUGAAAAGCUAAUUCCGACUACAUUCGGAGUAGGUUGUAGACGACCGACACCCGGUAAUGGAUUCUUAGAAGCCUUGACACUACCUCAUGUUCACACAUUCACUGGAGAAGUGCAGAAAAUCACACCCACGGGAUUCGUUGAUCACUUCGGGAUUGAACACGAGGUGGACGUCAUUAUCUGCGCUACUGGAUUCGAUACAUCGUGGCGUCCUAGAUUCCCUGUAGUAGCUCGAGGUAAUAAUAUUCAGGAACUAUACGCCGAGAAGCCGAAAGUGAGCCAUCUCUCCAUAGCAGAAUUUGUAAUAGUUCAACGAAAACUGAUAAAUCCUUCUAGUUCCAAAUUACUGGACAAUGGGGGGGCUUACGGCCCUGUUGGACACGGUUCCUUUCUACCCAUUAUCGAGUUAAUAUCACAACAUAUCCUGUCGAUCGUCAAGAAGAUGCAAACAGAAAACAUACGAUCUCUUGCACCCCGUCGCGAAAGAGCAGAGGCUUUUGCAGAGCACGCAGACCUCUUCUUAAAGCGUACAGCAUGGAGCUCUGGCUGUCCUAGUUGGUUUAAACAGGGCAGGGCUGAUGGGCCAUUGACUAUUUUCCCUGGCUCGCGGUUGGUAUUCUUUAAGUUGCUAGCAGAACCAAGGUAUGAGGACUAUGAUAUACGGUAUGAGAGUCGCAACCCGUUUGAGUUUCUCGGUACUGGUUUCACCAUAGACGAGUUUAAUGGUAGUGACCUCUCCUAUUACCUUGGGACAAAAGAGAACCCAGGCGCUCUUCUACCCCCGACAGGUUAA